CCCUCUUUGUGGUGGAGGUGUGACUGCGGCAUCAUGAAUUUCGUCCCGGCACCUGGGUACAUGCCAACGUACAACCCCCCCCUCCCAUGUAGCAAGCCUGUGCCUUAUGGACUUCGUGCUGGAAUGUCUGUCUACGUUCAAGGGGUGAUACAACACUCUACCGACAGCUUCCGGGUGAACUUUGCCUGUGGGGGUGACAUCGCUUUCCACUUCAAUCCCCGCUUUAAAGGCCACGAUAAGGUCGUCUUAAACACCUUCCAGGGAGGGAAGUGGGGGAAAGAGGAGCACAAAAAGAUGCCCUUCAAACUGGGCCAGCACUUUGAGAUCGUCUUCAUCAUCACCAGUGAACAUUACCAGAUCAUGGUGAACAAGAACCCCUUCUGUGAGUACAGCCACCGGAUCCCCGUGGAACGGGUGCAGGAGGUGAACGUCGAUGGAGACAUGGAGUUGCAAUCUCUGACCGUCCUCGGAGGGGGCAUGAUGGGAGGUGGGGGAAUGCCAGCACAGCCUCACCCUCCGAUGGGAAUGCCGGGCAUGAUGCCAAAUCCUGGAUUCCCACCUGGAAACUACCCUGGCAUGAUGCAGAAUCCUGCCUACCCAAACCUUCCUAUGAUGAUGGCUCCAGCUGCCUACAAUCCGCAAGUGCCCUAUAGAGGUAACUUCCCUGGAGGACUGGGCUCAAAAAGGACCGUGGUGAUAAGAGGAUUUAUCCCGCAAGAUGCCAAAGGCUUCCGGAUCAAUUUUAAAGCCGGCAACAAUGAUAUACCCCUGCACGUUAACCCCCGCUUGAAUGAGCGGACGGUUGUGCGGAACAGCUUCCUGAAUGGUGCCUGGGGCCGUGAAGAGCGAGAGCUGCCUGUCAACCCCUUUCAGGCUGGACAGUACUUUGAUCUCUCCAUCCGCUGCGGGAACGAGCGCUUCAAGAUCUUUGCCAAUGGCCAGCCCCUCUUCAACUAUUCGCACCGUUUCCGCAACUUCCCCCAAAUCGACACCCUGGAAAUUGAUGGGGACGUGAUCCUCUCUUAUGUCCAGUACUGA